GCGGGAGAUUCAAAAACUUUAAGAAAAAAAUAACUCAGUUGCUUUUACAAUCCCUUCGUCAAUUGUUGAGUUUCGUUUCGCAUUCUUUCAUUCACUUAUUUUUCUUUCAAUUGUUGUGUGCUGUAGUGAGUAACUGCUUGAUCAAUAAUCCGAUUAAAGUCAACCAUAUUAUCAGCAAUGACUUCAAAUGUUGCAGAUUUCUAUCGAAAUAAGAAUGUUUUCAUUACGGGCGGAACUGGCUUUGUUGGAAUAGCUCUUGUCGAAAAAAUUUUACGAUCAACUGAUGUUGGAAAGGUUUAUAUGUUAAUUCGCCCAAAAAAAGGCAAAUCUAUUGAAGAACGUCUUCAAGACAUUACAAAAAAUGCAGUAUUUUCAAGAUUAUUGGAGGAAAAGUCUCCUGAUGUAUUUAAAAAAUUAAUAGCAGUAUCAGGUGACGUUGGUGAAGAAAACCUUGGCUUGUCGGCAAUUGAUCGAGAAUUAUUAAUUAACAAUGUUAAUAUUGUUAUUCAUUCAGCUGCUACCCUUGACUUCCAAGCCUCACUGAGACCAACAGUUAUGAUAAACUUGCUUGGAACGAGACAAGUGAUGGAAUUGUGCAAACAAAUUAAGAAUCUCAACUCAAUGGUGCAUAUAUCAAGUGCUUACGUCAACUCAUUCUUUUUAGAAACGGAAGAAAAGCUUUACCCCUCACCAGAAGAUGCUGAUAAAGUUAUAGAAAUAGUAAAGGCUAAAAAUGAUGCGGAAUUGGAUCUCAUCACAUCUGAUUUAAUCAAAAACCACCCAAAUACUUAUACAUUCACAAAACACUUAGCAGAACAUGAAGUUGCAAAGUGCGCUUCCGUUGUUCAUGCUGGAAUAAUUCGUCCAUCCAUGAUAACAGCUAGUUGGAAUGAACCCGUAAAAGGAUGGACAAUCUCUAAAAAUGGACCUCAAGGCUUUCUCAUGGGAGCAUCGAAAGGAGUCAUUCGUCGCUUGCCGGUUGAUCCAAAGCUUAUUUAUGACUAUAUCCCGGUCGAUAUGGUUGUAAAUCAAGUUAUUGCAACAGCUUAUCAUGUCGCUCAGAAGAAGUCUGGCGAAUUAUCGAUAUUCCAUUGCACUACAUCAUCUUGCAAUCCAUUCAAAUGGGAUAUUCUCGGCGAGAAAACUAACGAACUUCUCACAAUGUUCCCUCUAAAAUCGGCAGUUUGGUAUCCUUACUUAAAAUUCUCUCCCAGUUUAUUCUUAUUUAAGCUCUCGGCAAUUCUUAUUCACUUCAUUCCGGCAUACAUAUUAGACUUUGUUACUCGAAUCGCAGGUGGACGUCCAAUUUUGGUUCGUUUACACACAAAUGUUUGGGAUUCAUUGAAGCUCCUCGAACGGUUCAUCUUUACUGAGUGGAAAUUUCAUAAUAAAAACACACAGUUGCUGUCCAAAACUAUGUCACCAGUUGAUCAAGAAAUGUUUAAUUUCGAUGUUUUGCCUUUAGACUGGAUUGAUUAUUUUACAAACUUGGCGCAAGGUGUUCGUAUUUAUCUAAAUAAUGAACCUCUCAAGACUCUUCCUGCCGCCAAAAAGAAGCACAAGAUUUUACUCAUCCUACAUAUUUUACUUCAAGUCAGCAUUCAUUGUGGAGUGUGGAAACUGGUUGCUACAAUUCUUGGAAUGCCUAUGAUGAAAUGCAUUAUUGCCGUUCCUUUAUCGUACUUCAUAUUGGGAUUAUUGUAAUCAUUUUUGUAAUUUUAUUAAGGCUUUUUAAAAACCUUAUCUGUUAGGUGUUAGGUAUUGCAUUCAUUACAUUUUGGAUUCGAUUUAAAUUAAAUAAUCAUCAUAAUAAUAGUAGUAAUAAUAAAGGGAAUAACAUUUGAUAUUUUCGUAAGCAUGGAUUUUAAUUACAUGACAAAUGUAUUAAUCGUUCAUCGUCACUAUAAGUUUACAGAAUGUAUCACUUAUUUAUUUUAACUUUGUCGUUGAAGAGUCUGUUUUCUCUGAAUUUGCUGUAGUCUUUGCAGUAUUAGUUGGUGCUACUUGUGAUAAUAUUUUCUCAUUUUGCUUUUCUACUGCCUCUUUUAUCUUCUCAUCAACAUCAUUGCUAUCAUUGAUCUACAAAUCAAACAAAAAUCAGACUUUCAGCACUCGACAAAUAUUUGCUAAUUAUCAACUUUAAGCAUUUACCUUUUUUACAUCUGUUUGGUCAUUCAGCUCCUCUGCAUUAUCUUGCAAAACGAAUUUCUUCUCACUCUCUGUGAAUUCUUCUUUAUCCUUAAUAAUUUGAGCUUGCUUUUGAUCCUGCUCCUUUUUUAAAGCCUUGACAAUUUUCUCUUCUGUCUCAAGUAUUUCUUCCUUAUCAAUAAGAUCCAAAAUCUCAUUUAAUUGAUUCUCCUUCAAAUUCACAUUUUCUUU